AUCCUCUUUUUCACGCAUGCGCAAAUGCAUCAUCCAAGAUGGCAGCUUCCAUGCGACUCUGUCGACGUCUCAUCUUACACAGCCGAUAUCACUCAUUAAAUGGUCAAAGAUGGGGGAGGUUCUACUCUUCUAUUGUAAAUGCUGAGUCUGGUGUAGUGGUAGGUGUGUAUGAAGAUGAGGCUAGUGAUGGCGUUAUCUUUACACCAGAGGCAACAAAGGUCAAUGAACGAACUCAAGGUCAAUUAGGAGAACAUGUGAACAGAUACUGUCAAAAUUUGAAGAAAGGAAAAGGCAGAGUGUUCUAUGGUCUAAAUGAGGAGUUGAGCAAGAUUGCCGUGGUAAGCCUUGGCAAGCAGUCUGCUGGAGUCAAUGACCUGGAGGGAGUAGAUGAGGGAAGAGAGAAUAUCCGAACUGCCGUGGCAACGGGGGUUAGACAGUUACGAGAUGCUGGUUGCAAGACAGUAAUAGUAGAUCCAUGCAGUGACGCUGAAGCUGCUGCCGAAGGAUCUCUCUUGUCAGUAUUUGAGUAUGAUGAGCUGAAAGCUGAAUCCAGUAGGAAACCUAAAGUCAACAUAUCACUCCUCAAUGAAGAUAACAGUUCUGAGUAUCAUGAUGGCUGGAGGAGAGGGGAGACUCUGGCCAACGCUCAGAACUUUGCUCGUACCUUGAUGGAGAUGCCAGCUAAUAAACUCACUCCAACAUCAUUCUCAGAGAUAGCACACAACAAGAGACAGCGCACAGAUCUACCUAUCACUAUCCAGGCACACUCAAGGAAGUGGGCAGCAGACAAGAAGAUGGGUGCUUUCCUGAGUGUGGCCAAGGGGUCAGAUGAGCCCCCCAUAUUCAUGGAUGUGAGGUACAAUGGUGCACCCCAGGGUGUGGAUCCUCUGGUCCUGAUCGGUAAAGGAGUCACCUUUGACAGUGGAGGAAUAUCAAUCAAGCCAGCAGCAGGCAUGGACCUGAUGAGAGGUGACAUGGGAGGAGCAGCUAACGUCUUAGCGGCCAUGUUUGCCAUGGCUAGUCUAGAACUACCGGUCAAUGUGGUUGGCUUGAUACCGCUGUGUGAGAACAUGGUCAAUGGGUCAGCAGUCAGACCGGGUGAUGUGGUCACAGCCAUGAAUGGCAAGACUAUACAGGUUGACAACACUGAUGCUGAAGGGAGAUUACUACUAGCUGAUGCGCUAUGUUAUGCAACCACUAGUUUCAAGCCUACAGUUGUCAUAGAUUUAGCUACACUCACUGGUGCUAUUGAUGUAGCCUUAGGCUCAGCUGCUACUGGUGUUUUCACUAAUUCACAACAAGUAUGGGACAUGCUUCAACAAGCUAGCGUAUCAACAGGAGAUCGUGUGUGGAGGAUGCCAUUGUUCAAUCACUAUACCAAACAGGUUACAGAAGCUCAUCUAGCUGAUGUAAGCAAUAUUGGAAAAUACAGCAGAUCUGGUGGGAGUUGCACUGCAGCAGCAUUCCUUCGCGAGUUCGUGACGGACAAUACUAAAUGGGCCCAUCUAGAUAUAGCAGGUGUCAUGCAGAACAAAGAUGAAAUUCCUUACCUUGGAAAGGGAAUGUCGGGCCGACCAGUCAGGACCCUUGUAGACUUUGUAUCAAGAUUCACGUCUGUCUGAACCUAUGGAUGAGGCCGUUUGGAAAAUCAUUGAAUAGAACUAUAAUGACAGUAUUAUUGUAAACUGAGACAUUCUGUGCAUCUCUGCAUCGACUGAAAUUCAUCAAGUUCCAUCCAGAAAGAUUAUAUAAAGAGAAUGAAAUUAUUAGUAAGUGAUGUACUGCAGAGAAUUCUACCAUGGAUCAAAUGUUGUUGGAGAAUCGGAAUGACUCUUUGAUGUGAGGGGUUCAAAACCCUAUGAUAUGUUCUUCACUGAUUUGAUAUGAACGACUGAAUGGUUUAGAUCUUUCCUCCUCAAAUUGGCAAUACUUGGCAAUCCUUUUCA